AUGUCGGACGAGGAAGACCAGCACAUGUUUAGAAAUGAAGAAGAGGAUGAGGAUGGGCAUGCUGAAGAAGACGAAAAUGUUGAAGAUGACGACGAAGUGAUGGACGACUCUCGCAAGAAAAACAAGUCUUCAAGAAGGCACCAGGAGGAAGAUGACGAAGAGGAAGAUGACGAAGAGGAAGAAGAUGAGGACGAUGAAGAGGAGGAGGAAGAAGAGGAAGAAAUGCAUGGUAGAAAGGGAAAGAAACGUGCUAAGCAUCGUCAUAAGCGUUCCGCUUUGAGCAGAUUCCUUGAUAUUGAGGCCGAAGUCAGCGAAGAGGAGGAAGAGGAAGAGGAGGAUGAAGAAUACGGUGCAGACACUUUUAUCACCAAUGAACAUGACGUGGACGACGAUGUAACAAGACGAACCAACGCGCUUCUCGAUAGCUCGCGUCACUUUGAGGAAGAGGACAGCAGGAGCCCGGAGGAGAUUGCUAAAGCAGUAGCUCGUCGCCACCGAGAUCGAGCUGCUCCAUAUACUGGCGAUAUGAACGAGAUACCACAACGACUUCUUAUGCCGUCUGUGCACGACGCCAGUCUUUGGCAAGUCCGCGUGAAGCCGGGUCGCGAACGCGACAUUGUAUUCAGUCUCAUGAGGAAAGCCAUCGACGUCGAAUAUACCGCACGUCCCCUCAGCAUCGUCUCAGCUUUCCAACGUGAUUCAUUACCCGGUAUGAUCUACGUCGAAGCCCGCAGUUCUAAACAAGUUCAAGAAGCAUGCAAUGGUCUUGUUGGUGUAUACCCCAGUCGUGGUAUUCAACUCGUCCCUAUUGAGGAAAUGGCUAGCCUUCUGCAAAUCAAAAAGCAGGAGGCUACGCUUGACAUUGGCGCCUGGGUUAGGAUACGACGCGGAAAAUAUGCGGGUGAUCUGGCUCAAGUAAUGGACCAGACGGAUACCGGAGAAGAUGUUGGCGUGCGUCUUAUCCCGAGAAUAGACAUGAACCCUCGGGAUGAUAUGUCAAUUGACCCGCAAGGCAAAAAGCGCAAGAAGACUGCGACUGGUCCCGGCUCGAUGCGACCGCCACAGCGACUGUUCAACUACGAGGAAAUUCUCAAAGUUUACGGCCGCAAGAAUGUAACCAAACGAAAUCAGGCGUUUGUUUUCCAGAACGAUACCUACAAGGAUGGAUUCUUGGAGAAGGACUUCAAAGCAAAUGCUUUGAUUACGGAAGAUGUGAAUCCUACUUUGGACGAGAUUACUCAGUUUACCCGACGACAGGAUGGAGGCGACGAUAACCCUGUCAACUUGUCUGCUAUCGCUGAGGCAUCAAGAAAAGCAGCUAUCUCUGUCCUGCAACCCGGAGAUCAUGUUGAAGUCUUUGAAGGGGAACAAUCGGGCGUCCAUGGUGUCGUAGAUGAGAUCCAUGGUGAAAUCGUGACUAUCACUGCGCAGGGAUUGGACCUUGAAGGACAAAAGAUGGAGAUUGCAGCUCGAAGCGUGCGCAAAAGAUUCAAACCUGGAGAUCAUGUUAAGGUUAUGGCGGGUCAGAAUGCUGAUGAGACGGGUCUUGUGGUAUCUGUAUCUGAAAAUGUGGUCACUUUUGUGUCCGAUAUGUCAAUGCAAGAGAUAUCUGUUUUCUCUAAAGACUUACGUGAAGCUGCGGAAGUUGGUUCCGGCUCCAACGUGGUUGGGAAUUAUGAACUUUAUGAUCUCGUUCAACUUGAUGCUCAAACUGUUGGUGUUAUUUUCAAAACCGAACGGGACUCUUUCAGGGUGCUCGAUCAGCAUGGUCAAGUCCGCCUCGUUCAACCUCACCAGAUUUCCAUGCGCCGCGACUCCCACAGAGCCAUCGCAACCGAUUCAGAAGGCCAUGAGCUGCGUGUCAACGACAACGUGAAAGAGGUCGAUGGAGAGGGACGAAAAGGUCGUGUGUUGCAUACGCAUCAAUCUUUCUUUGCAUUCUUGCACAACCGGGAUAUUGCUGAAAAUAGCGGUGUCUUCGUAACGCGGACUCGUUCAUUGGCUUCAUUGGCGCCCAAGAGUAACGUGUUGAAGACGGCUGGUGCUGAUCUAUCAAAAAUGAACCCCGCUAUGGUUGCCCCAACUGGCGGAAUGGUGGGAUCUGGCAAUAUGGGGAGAGGUCCUAGGGAUCGUGAUAUUGGAGCAACUGUUACCGUCAUCAAGGGUCCACAUAAGGGCUAUGUUGGCACGAUCAAAGACACCAAUGGGCCCAUUGCUCGCGUAGAGUUGAGGACAGGCAACAAAAUCAUCAUGAUUGAAAAGACAAAAAUCUAUAGGCGCUACCCUGAUGGUCGUUUAGAGCCCUUGGAUAAGGCCCCAAGAAAUACCGGCUUCGCGACACCCGCUUUACCUGGUCCGGGAAUGGGUGGAUACGGCGGGCAACCCAUGAACAAUGGUGGUCGUACACCGUACAACUCGGGCAAAACGCCCAACCCAUACAGCGGCGAUUCGCGCACGCCCGCGUGGAAUGCGUCAUCACGGACACCAAAUCCAUACUCGGACAGUCGUACGCCGGCGUGGAACGCUUCGUCGCGUACACCCAAUCCAUACGCGGAUGGCGGACGGACGCCGGCGUGGAAUGUGAGCUCGCGUACGCCGAAUCCGUAUGCGACGGGUGCGAACGCUGGUGCGACGAGUGGCGCGGGCUGGGGUGGUGCGACGCCUGGCAGGAAUGUGGGUGGAUGGCAGACGCCUGGACGGGCGACGCAGGCACCGGCAUGGAACGCGCCUGCACCCCAGAACGAAGGGUGGGGGUCGCCUUCUAGGGGCGUGGCAUCCGCACCGACGCCAUGGGAUAGCUGGAGUGCACCUACUCCUGGUGCUGCCCCUACACCUGGCCUGCAUGCUGGUCCUACGCCUGCGUAUGCAACUCCGGCCCCCCAUAUCCAAACGCCAGCUGCUGGUGGGUGGAGUGCCGACGCACAUAACGUUGCCACACCUGGUGUUAUGCCAAAUGUCUUCGAACUUACCAAUCCAGAUGAAGACCUUGACGGAGAGUGGAUGUUCGAACCAGAACUUGUGAAUUACAUCGGGCGCGUUAAAGUCAUCGUCGACAGCAAACAAGGCCGCUCCAACUAUAGCGAAUACAACGGCCGCCGCGGACGCAUCACCACUGCACAGAAGGUUCCCACGGCGUUCCAGCAAACGGUGCUCGUCAGGUUCAUGGAUCGCCCGGGGCAGUCAGAGGAGGUCAGUUUACCGUCGAGUUGCGUUGUACCUGUGCAACCGUCGUACAGCAACGAGGAAGUGCUAGUACUUGGGGGCAAGAGGAUAGGAAAUGCGCUGGUAAUCAGAGAGAAGCCUGAGCCUGGGGAUAAGAAGGUUGUCGUUUCGAGCAAGGAGACACCGUUGAAUAUUGAUAAUGUGCCCAUGAAUCUGGUAGGGGCGAUGUAUGAGGAGGGCAGUUUCUAA